GCGACAAAACAAACACGCACUGUGUCUGCUGGAUCUCUCUGUUGAAUGGCUGUGUGAAAGCACAGCCCCAACGAUGUGGGUGACAUGCGCUGAAUCCUGUGAUCUGACCGUGUUCCUUGUGAACGGACCGGCGGAGCUCAGCUGGAGUUUCUAGGACAACCUGGGAGAGCGGAACCCGGGAAAAUGCGGCUCCGGCAUCACCACUAGCAGACCGUGGGUAGCAACCAGGGCCAAGUCCGUCUCUGGGAAUAAAGCCGCCCGUGUGCUCGGAUCGCUAGCCGAGCCAUCGGUUAUGCUCCCACUCCAAAACACCCUGCGGCUUUGGACCUGAAUCGGGAGGAUAUUCCCCACCGAGUUUGAAACCGAGACCGAACUCAACUUGAAACAGAGGAGACCGGAGAGAGUCCGGCUAUACUGACAACCUUCCGGGUCUUUCCUCUUGCCACUUCGGGUGCUGCCAUCAUGUGUGAAACAGGGAACAUAUCAAAUGAGCCCACAAGCCCAUUAUCGUACUAUGGCGAGUCAUCUGAUUCAUACUAUCGCGUAGACCGCUGGCAAAAACUCCGAACUGCUGUCAGGAAGCUAGAGUUCUGGGAAAACUUCAGUGCUGAACUGGCAGGAUGUGGGUUCUUUUCUAACGUUUACAAAGUGACUCACAAUACAACUCACAAAGUUAUGGUGGUAAAAAUCUACAAGCAGGAUGUUGACCAGGAUGUCAUUGUACGGGAGAUCAGCCUUCUUCAGAAACUUUCUCAUCCUAAUAUAGUCAGGUACCUUGGUGUGUGCGUUAAAGAAGAUAAACUGUAUCCUAUGCUUGAGUAUAUUAAUGGUGGAUGCCUAGAAGAAUUACUGGCCAAUAAAGAGGUUAACCUGACUUGGAAGGAAAAAGUGGAUCUCGCAGCCGACAUUACUCGAGGAAUGGCGUACCUACACUCAAAGAAUAUUUAUCACAGGGACUUAAACUCCAAGAACUGCUUGAUUAGGAUAACAGCACGAGGGAGAGAGGCUUUGGUUACAGACUUUGGGCUAGCCCGGGAGGUCGUUGAGUUGCCUACGAAGGAUCUUGAACGGAAGUUGUCCUUGGUUGGCUCAGCUUUCUGGAUGGCACCUGAAAUGUUGCGAGGUGAACCUUAUGACAGGAAGGUUGAUGUUUUCUCCUUUGGUAUAGUAUUGUGUGAAAUACUUGGCAGAGUCACCGCUGAUCCUGAAUUUCUACCCAGGACACAGGAUUAUGGACUCAAUACUGAAGCAUUCAAGGAAAUGGUGAAUGGCUGUCCAAAAGCUGUGCUGGAAAUUACAGUUAACUGCUGUAGGAUUGAUGCCUUCAAGAGACCAUCGUUCCUUGAGUUACUGGACCAACUUGAGGAGGUAGCUGAAAGCUUGGAGCCAAACGAGGCCAAUGAGAUUCUUGUAUGAAACUGUCAGUGAUUGACUGUACCGCAAGGCCUUACAAGGGUGAUAACAACUGCUGUUAUCAUCAUACAGUGUAUAAGGAAAGAGAAGGAAAACUGGAUAUUUGAGCGUGUGUUAGAAAAAGCUUAUUCACUCAUGAUAGUGAAAAGACACACUCAGUUGCCUAGUCACAUCAGUUUGUUGACCAUUGGGGAGUGGCACAAUUUGGACUUUGGGUUAUAAAUGUGAUCCAGCUAUCUUGACUCAGCUAUCUGUUGUACUCCUCAACUGACUUUAAAUUUGGAGGAGGUGUAUAAUGGAUGGUUGAUUUGAUAUUGCUCCACUUUGUUACUCAAAUUCCAGGUUAUCCCGCCUUCAGUAAACGGAAUUCAAAAUUUUAACUUGCAGCAAUUGUUGGAAAACUGCCGUCAUUAUUCUGUAUCUGGGUUACCAGGCAGAGAAGUGUUUUUGUUCAAUCCAUCAUAUUUGAUGGACUGUAAUGUACAUCAUGACAAAUGCUCUCAUAGGAGAUGCAACUUCUGCAAAACUAGAGCUAUAAAUAUAAGACUCCAUUUACUGACAAACCCUUUCAUUGCUGAAUUUCCUGUGUAGAAUUCUGCAAUAUAUUUUUAAUCACCUUGCGCUAAACAGAUUGUCUGUAAAUUACUUAUGUUGAAUAAUUUAAAUGAAACAUUUGAGAAAGAAACAAGAUUACACAUUAAAUUUGUACAGGGAAUAUUUUGUGAAUUUUUAUUUUUCUUCCAAAUAAAGUGACUUCCAAAGGUUAGCAGUAAUGUUUGAUAAACACACCUUGGCUCAUCUCAACUAUCACCCAUCAAACACCAAGGUCAGUCUUAAUCCAGAGAAGUGCCUCAUCACAGGCAGUUAUUGUAUAAGAGAAAGGUAUAUCAAGUAUUGGUCCGAAUUCUAAAAAACGUAUCUGUUAGUUGACUGGAAAUUCCGAAUGAUGGUCAGUAAAGCCCAUUCUGGUAGACUUUCUCCAGAAUAGGCAAUUCCUUCUGCCGUCUAUUUGAAUCCAAUGUCUUAUUGGUCCUUCAAUGACAUUAUUUCAGCCUUACCAAAUAAUGCCUCAUAUUUACUGUAUCGUGUGCACCGGAGUAGGCAGCAUUGUGACCCCAGUAAGCAGCAAGAUUGAACAGAAGCUAAAAACAUUCUGAAUCCAAGAAUUAGGUGUUUAUUCCAAAAGGCUGAGUCAUUGUGACCAUGUCUAACUUGAAGUGUCGUUCUGGUGUGUGUAGUUGCAAUUAUUACCCUCUGAUAUUUAAUGUUUUGAUAACUAAUCAUGUGAAAAGAUUGCAUUUUAACUUAGUGAGCACAACUUAUCAAGCACCAUAUGUAUUUUUCAUGCUGAUAAAUAAUCACAAAGUAUUGAGUAUCAAUUUCAGUAAUGAAUUAAUUACUCAUUAUCGUAAAAUGAGCCUGAUUAUUUCUGUUUGAAAAGAAAGGGAGUUAGAUAUUGAAGUUCCUUUGAUUGUCCACUUAUUAAUAACUUGCAUUUACAUAGUGCCUUUCUUCUCUGAGAAUACUUUGCAGCCAAUGAAAUACUGUUGAAGUCUAGUCACUUGUAAUGUAGGACACACAGCAGUCAAUUUGCACGUAGCAAGAAUACAGAGAGAUAGUGGGUUGAAUUUUAACAGCCUGUGCAGAUAAGCUCAGGUGCUUGGAGGCAUGGAAAAUCAAAUGCACGCAACUAAUAAGAUCAUGGGACACAGCGGAUAUAAACUUUAAAAUAACCAGCAUGGGGAGCAUGGAGGGUGUAGGGCAUUUUUUGAGUACAACUGAAGGGAACACAGUGAAGAGGCAUUAGUACACAGCAAUGUAGUGCAAUGAAGUUGCAUAAAAGGAGGAGAGCUGAAACUCAGUGUGGAACUGGAGGAACACAACAGGCCAGGCAGCAUCAGAGGAGCAGGAAAACUGACGUUUUGAGU